GCGACGUGCGCUAAAUAUAGCAUUGCAGAAAGCGGGGUGUGGCUUGUUGGUGUGUAUAUACAAGCUCAAAAGUAGCUCAGCCCCUGACCGAGAAGCAGUCCGACCCAGAGAGAAAAAAGAAUGGGGGAGGAGUUGGCCUUCUCAGUGAAGGCACAUGUGUUCCAGAUCGACCAGCAGACCAAGAAGCGAUGGCUGCCUUCGUCUACCGCUUCAAUUCGCGUGGCCUACUACCACGAUCCCAACAGGAAAACGUACAGAAUAAUCGCCAUAGAGAACAGCAAGGCCUUGAUAAACAGCACCAUCACAGCCAACAUGAACUUCACCAAGACCAGUCCCAAGUUUGGCCAGUGGUCUGAUCACAGAGCAAACACUGUCUAUGGUCUGGGGUUCUCUUCUGAGAAAGACCUGCAGCAGUUUGUGGAGUGGUUUUCUAAAGCCAAAGAGGCGGCAAGAAAGGUUGUUGAGAAGAAGAAAAGGAAGACUGAUGAGAUGGAAAAGAUGACUUCCAACUCAUCAGCAGAGAGCAAGCCGGAGCAAGCCAUGGCCAGCUCUCCUCCAGAUGCUGCUACAGUUGAAGAAGCAGUAGUGAUGAAUGGAGAUGGCAGGAAAAGUGCCAGCAGUUCUGAGCCUCCCCCAGCAGUGAGUAGAAACGGAGGCUCAGCUGACACUCAACUAGAGACACUGAGAUACGAGAACAACAAACUAAAGUCAGCUCUGGCCAGCAGUGCUCAGAAUGUGAAGAAGUGGGAGGGAGAGAUGAAAACUCUGAAAAGCAACAAUGCAAAGCUGACUGCAGCCCUGAAAGAGAGCAACCAGCAUGUGGCUGAGUGGAAGGAGAGGCUACAGCAGUACAAAGACGAGAAUACUCAACUCAAGCAAAAGGUUUCUGAGCUGGAAUCUGGGAGGGAAGGGGCAGUGGAUAAGGAGGAGCACGAGGGACUGAAGAGGGACAUGGAGGAACUGAAAGAAGUGUUGACAGCUGUCCAGCUGGACCUGGAGGCCCGGCAGAGUGACCUGGCCCAGAGAGACUCACAACUCAAGGACACUAACGCUCAGCUGGUGGAUGCGAAGACCAGGAUAUCAGAACUAGAGGAAGAAAAUGGGCAGCUGCGAGUGAAAGAAAGUGAGCUGGAGGACAAGUUGCACAUGGCGACAGUGGCCUGUCGCAGGAAACUGGAAGAGGCGGGGGAAGGCCACGACCAGUUAGGCCAACUCUUGCAGGAAGCCAUCAGAUUGCACCAAAGCCUCACAGAUAACUACAAACUAUGACACUUUGAAACCCUGACAGCACACCUUUUCAUAUACAACUUCACACAAAAGAUACAUAGUUAACUAUAUAUAGCUAUAUAGGAGAAGCUGAUUUCAGUCCGAAGCCAGACAAGGCAGGCCUCUUCCUGUCUGGAGCAUGCAUGAGGAACUGCCACAUAAGCUCAGAGCAUUCUCUGUUGACAUGUCCCUCGGAGAAGAGCUCUAAUGUAGGGCCGACCCACAAUACAUUCCUUCUUCCCCUCUCCCAACUCUUUAUAGACAGAGUGUUGAGUUGGAAAGCAAGGAAAGUGAGUUCCAAGCCAGAGGCGACCACAGCCUGCAGAGAGAGAGGGUGGACAAGGUCCGUGUCCAGAGGGUAGCCAUUCUGAACACAUUCAGCCGAGCUGAGGCUGAACAGCUGCAUGAGACCAUGAGCAACGGUCUGCUCCUGAUUUCGGGUUUGAAGGUUGGCAGAAAAAACUGUGUGUGUGAAGCCAGUUGGUGAAAACCUUUGGCAGCCAGUAAAAGGAGUGAUCUGAUCGAAACUGCGUUGGAACAGUCCAAUAUGACGAGGGUUGCUCGCCACGGAGUGGAGAGGUUCGUAGCAGUGGAUGGGGUCUGAGAACAGGGUUAGUGGCUGCGUGGAGUGAAGGAUGAAGAGGGGGUUUGUAACACAGAGGAAAUUGUUUCCAUCACAUCGCCAGAAGCUCUCAACUCUGGGUUCAUGUGUCAAACUAGCCGUCCUAAGAUGAUCAGCUCCACUCAUCCACAAUCCCAUAAGAGCACUGGAGAGAACAUUACGCAGUUUAGCCACGCCCCUCUUUCCCUUGGGACCUUGCUCGCUAACUGCCGCCGCCAGUCUCUCUUCGAACAGAUUCAAUUCUUCAGCUUCAGUCUUCACAGGAGGCAGGCGGGGUGGGAGACCUUCCUUCAAGACACUACCAGUCAGCCACCUGUAGUCCUCCAGAGGCCGCUGCGUCUGUGAGUGCGGGUGAACCACGAAACAUUUCCGCCAGUCACUUCCAAAGCCAAGCAAAUGAGGCUGUCUCUUCUUAGGUACAUGAAUAUAACUGUACUCUCGUCGCUGAGGUCGGUUUAGCAACACUCCAACUCCUCUUAGCCUCAUUUCUGUGUCACAACUCGGUUCGUGAAGCACACGUGGGUGAGCGUCAAAUAGAAUACAGCGUGGUGCGCAUCAAUUAGGAAAACAUGCGUAGCACGAAGAGUCCUUCGCUGGAGACUCAGAACUCUUUUGAGCGACUUCAGCAGCUCGUAAAGAAGGAAGGAAAGUCGGCCAGGAACCUAGUGACCUGGUCGGUUCCUGUUGUGUAUUCAGAGCAAACUGUGAACUCAACAUCAGCUGGUAGUCGCGGACGACGCAGGAAAUUCGGCGCGCGCCGCCGACCAGUUCGAAAUGCAGAAAAGCUGAGUAGAAGCGAGAGGAUGUGUCGUGCUGCUGCAGAGCAGUUCUCGGGCUCUGCACUGGGAGUAAAAGAGGGUAGUAGCAGCAGCAAGGCGGAUGUGCAGGCUCGUUACUGGAGGUAUCUCUUUGACAACCUGUUCAGAGCAGUGGACGAACUGUACAGAACAUGUGAAAUGGAUGGCUCGGCGAUAGAGUGUCAGGAGGUGAUGAUGACACUGGAUGCCUGCCACAAGGAUUUCUCUGCCCUCAUAGAGAGAAUUGAGAUGGAAAGACGGCUCGAGACAUGUCCAGAGCAUCGGCCACCAGGAGUGGCAUGGGAGGUACGGAAGUCUCUGUCUCCAUCCAAAUCAUCCUCUGGAGGGAGGGUCAGUGGGGGUGUGGUCAGGAAUCUCGAGGCUGGUCUGACAUGGGCUGACCGAGUGAGGGGAAAGACUGUUAGUGUGGAAAUGGGUGUGGGGGGAGAAGAGGAGGCAAGGGAUGAGGAUAAGUUGAGCAGGGAUAGGGAGAAGGAAAAUGACUCUGUUAUGUGUGAAGACAGAGGAGAUGAGAGUUGCAGAAAUGAGCUGCAAGGAGGUGGGGAAGGAGAGAGUAACCUGCAUACAGGAGAUGAAGAAGAGGAAUCAGACGGAAGCUGGAACCAGUUACUGAGGGAGUACAAUGAGGACGAAGGUCGUCACCGAGUGUCGUGGGCUGAUCGUUGUGAGUCUCCUCCUCUGGAGGAAGGGCCAGUGGUUCUGGCGGACACUCCGAGGUCCCCCGGCAGAGCCAUCACCCUCCAUCAGCGCCUCUCCUCUCCCUCCAGGAAGAGACCAAUCGAGGAGUCCAAGAGGAUGCUGGAAGAGAGGCAGGUACGAGCCCAGCAAGCCCGAGAUCGGCUGGUAGAAGAACAGAAACUGCGCUCAAAGGCAGAGCAGGAGAAAGUGAGGGAGGCCAGAGAGGUAAGGGAGUCCAAGACGAGGGCGUGGCGGGAAGGGAUGGAGGAGAAACUGCAGAAAGCGGAGCAGUUGCGGGAGAGUCAUCUGCAGGAAAAGAGAAGGAAGGCACAAGAUGAGGAUGCCAAGGUGAGUGAGAUAGCCUUCAUCAACAGUCUGGAGGCUCAGAACAGGAAGAUCCAGGUCCUGCGGAGGCACCAGGACCACAAAGCCAGACUGGCUGACAUGGCAGAGGAGAGGGCUCGUCGCAGGGAAGAGGUGGUGGCACGGGAAGAGGCUGCGCAGGAGCGAAGACGCGUACUGGAGGAGGAGCGCAGGGCCAAAUUCCGGGACUUGGAUGAGAGAAGAAGAGACCAGGUGGCAAAGAUUGAGCAGAUGAAGCAGGAAAGAGAGCGAGUGCGAGAAGAGGCUGCCCAGGAGAAGGCUCGAGAGAGAGAGCGGCGACUGGAGGCCAGGAACACUGCUCUGCAGCUCUCCACUGUCCAACUAGAGAAGAAGAUCCAAACUAAGCAAGACGAGUCAUCUCGCAGACAUGACCAGCAGUUGGAGCACAUCAAGGAGAAGGCAGCUGGUUCGCGACACACCUCCUGUGAAGAGGCUCCCUGUGUUGUCCCCUACCCUCGCUGCAAGUGGUGCACCCUCUGCAGUGUCCCGAUUGUGUCAGAUGUGUACCUGCAAAGCCAUGAGCGAGGACGCAGGCACCAGGAGGCUGUAGCUCGUCUCCCUGAUGACCAUGCCCCUCUCAUCAUCACCCUUGACGAGGAGAACACAGCUGGGGAGCUGGAGUCAAAAGUCGCACAGGAUCAGCUCCGUUCUGGUCGCAGGAGAACCAGGAAACUGAGACAGAGAAUGGCAGCAAGGUGGAGAGAGAGGGAAGGAGAAUGGAGGGGUGUGGGAGGUGGGUGUAACUCCGAACACAGACUGAGACUCCAGAGGGGUGUGAAGGAGCUGUCUCGGUUGCUGGAGAGAGCCUCGGGGAAGACAGGCCUGGACAAGACUGGGCUGCAGCAGUUGGACCGCACACUCAGUGAUGUAGCCAGGAUCUUGGGUGGCAAGACUAAAGAUGAUCAACUGUGUUUCCAAGAACUCGGGGGAGUGUCAGCAGUGACCACUCUCCUGGGUGCUUACACUGAAACUGCCAGCAAACUUCCUACCAAGUCACAGCUGACUGGUGUUACUGUGCUGCAGUUGGCCUGUGCCAGCCAGCCUCACAUCUGUGGUUACAUGCUCGCUGCUAACUUGCUCUCUGUGCUGGUGGACCUUCUGUCUCCCCUGCUGCCCCAGCAAUCCCCAGAGCAACUGGAGCUGUGCUCAUCUCUCCUCUCCCUGCUAGCUGGUAUCAUCAGCACUGUCUCUCUUUCCCCCCCUCCCCACUCCAUCUUCCCUGAGCUAAUGGACUCUGUCAGCUACCUGGUGAGUGUUGGAAUCAUCAGCUCCAUCUCCCAGAGAUUGGGCACUGUCCUGGGGCCUCUGACUGAGCCUGCACAGUGUCAGUUAGUCAUCUCAGCUGUCAAUCUUUUAGUGGCGGCCAGUGCAGCUCUUCACACCAGGGUGGAUGAUGUCUUCAGUGAGAAGAAAGAUGACCCAACUUCUCUGACGUCUGCUCUGCGGGAGACAGAGCUGGUGGGCCUUCUGAGAAUGCUCUACGCCAUGCUGCUUCACGAUGGGCCACCUCGGCACUCGUCCUCCCCUCCCCCCCUCCCUCCUCACACACUCUCCAUUUCCACUGCCUCCCUCAGAGCCAUAAACAACUUUGCUAUCCUCGACCUACAUAUGGUUCAGAGUUGUCUUGGAGCAGAGGGUGUGUCUCUGGAGUUGAGACAUGUCUCCAGCUACCUCAUGUGGCGCUGUUCAUACCAUGGUCACAGUGAUCUGCUACAAGAGCUGAUCCUAGCAGUUGGCUAUUUCUCUGUUCUCAAUCCCGACAACCAGGUAUUCCUGCAGUCAGGCCGCAGUCCCACUCUACUUCAGGUCCUCUGUGCUCUUCCAUUUGAGUAUUUCAGUAACCCUGGACUGUGUGCCCUGCUGUUCCCAACUCUCAUCAGUGCUUGCUACCGGUCUCCUGAGAACAGAGCCAUUCUGAGUCUGGAGAUCUCCUGCCAGCUCCUGGCUUCCUUCCUCUCCUCUCACCUCUCACACACUCUCAAGCCACCUACAAGUCCUGGUUCCCGAAAUCUUCUGGAUUUCGUUUACCGUUUCCCCCAGUCCUGCUGGCAAGAAGCUCUUGAUUUCUUCUCACAAUGACAACCACAAUCUCUUGUAUUGUGUAUAAUGGCAAUUUUUACGCGCAUGCGCACAUUUACAUUGGGUUCGAGCGUGCGCUAGUCCGCAUAAAACAGGUGAAGCGGGGCAGUUCGGACACCGUUUCGAAUUCCCUUCAUCUCCUGCUGCUGGACGAGGGUCUAAGGCUGCGUCCAGGACCUACCUCAAGAGCCUUCACUUGUGUCGGGCUCCGUACCUCUAUGGAGAACAAGAACGCCAAUUGCAAGCAGUCUGCGGAUGCUCCAAUGAAUGUUAGCCCACAGGUGUGUCAUGGAUGCCAGCAGAACAUAGAUGAUGACUAUCGGCUCUACGUGGCCCCUGACCUCCACUGGCAUGUGGCCUGUCUCCUGUGUAGUGAGUGUCAUUCCCCAAUGACUGAGAGGGACACUUGUAUCAUCAGAGACGGCCGCCCUUACUGCCGAACUGACUACAUACGGUGAGCUGCUGGCGUUUCUUUCCCCUCCAGACCUUGACUCACUGCACUAUAUGCACAUGCCUGGUUGUCAUGGUUACUGCCAACUUGGCUCAUUGCUAGUGUACCUGUAAACUCAGCAGACUAUUUGCAAACCUGAGACUUGUUCACAGCUUCCCUCCUUCGUCUUGACACACAGGCUGUUUGGGUGUGUGUGUGCCCUCUGCCACUGUAACAUUGGUGCCUCGGACCUCAUCAUGCGAGCCAAGUCACAGGUCGCCAGAUAACGACCUCAUUUUUGCUGUUUGUGUGACAAGGCAAUUUGUGUUCAGGUGUUCCAUUUGGAGUGCUUCCAGUGUUCUGCCUGUGAGCAUCGACUCCAGCCCGGAGAGCAGUACGCUGUCAGCUCAGGAAAGCUCUUCUGCCACAAACACUUUGACUCUCUGCCUCUUGAUCCACCCUCUACCUGCACUGCACCAGAAUCAAGUAAUGCUAACAGCCGGUGCCCUGGCCCAGAUGCGGUGUCAACAGGCCCCAGGAAGAGGGGCAGUGUGGCUGACAAAGGACCUCGUGUGAGGACUGUGCUCUCAGAGCAGCAGCUCCAGACUCUCAGGACUGUGUAUGCCAGUAACCCCAGACCAGACGCCCUCCUAAAGGAGCACCUGGUGGAGCUGACAGGGCUCAGUUCACGAGUCAUUCGAGUGUGGUUCCAGAACAAGAGGUGCAAGGACAAGAAGAAAGCCAUUCAAGCAGAGGCUCUUGCCAGGCAGGCUCAGACCGCCACACAACCCCUGGCUCAGGGAAAGGUUUGUUUCCAAGGAGACUAACAAAGUAUUGAUGUAGUGUGGGCUGCAGGUACAGAUCCCACCUUUGACCCCCCAAGCUCCGCCCACCCCUGAUUCCCUGGGCCAGAUUUCUCCCCAGUCAGCGGCAGCCAUGGCAGCGUUCCAGUACCCCCCUGCCUCGUAUGAGGCAGGCAGCAGACCUGCAGUGUCACCCAUUGCCUACCACCAGAACAUGUCUGCCUGGGGCUCCCCUCCUGAGAACCUGGGCCCUUUUGAGGCAGAGUUUUCUUCACCCAUGACAACUGAGGCCCACAACACUGUCUACACCAGCGUCACAUCUCAACCAAAUGCAUUCUCAUUCUGAGACUGUCCCAUUCCACUGGCACCACACACAUUGCUGUUUUUGUUUCUUACUUUUUUACACAGAUUACUUUUUUGUACACAGCUUUUCUUUUGUUUUGUGAGUCACUUCCUGUACAGUCCACCAAACAGCUUACUCACUAUUUUUCAUCUUCAAUAUUAGUAGUUUGUUCACACCCACCACUUCAUUCCACUUCUUUUGAUAUUCAUGUCUUCCAAUCAGUUUUCAGUUUCAAACGGAUAGUAGCUAUAGACACUGGUUAAUAGCCUCGUAUCUGUUUAACUACAGCGUUCUGUUGGUGGUUGUCCAUUUGUAGAUGACCAGCAGACAACAUAGUGAAACUGGCAGAACCACUAGUCAUACUGCGCAGGUCUUUGGCAUAGCCAAGGAGUGUUGUGAGAGGGACUUGGGCCAGUACUGUUCUCUCACCACCCACACCCUCAGACAAACACUGCACCUGAGCCCUUCUCGUGGAUGUCAGAUCUGAAAGAACUA